AAUCGAGGCAUAACAACAGCGAUGACGCGCCCAGUCACUACGGCUGCGCGUAGAGCGGACAGCUGAUAACUCAUCUAUUAUGCUACUUGGCUAAAUUGGAAUCAUCUCGCAAAGUGAGCGGAAUCCGCCGUUGGACUCUCCGGAGGACCGAAGCCCAAAGUCGUACGAUGGGAGUUUGUCUCGUGGAGGGAAACGUCCAGCUGAAGAAGACGCCAAACAACUGACGCGCACACCGAGGCACCCUCGGAACGCGGAGGGCCGUUUUUGUCAGUUUCCACCUCGCGGUCAGACGCUGCCUUCCCACGCCGCAUCAGCGCCUCGCCGCCGCCGUCGGCCGCCAUGUCGGACGCCCCCGAGGCUGCCCCGCCCAGCCCCCCCGCCCUCAGCAACCCGCCGCCUCCGGAGGUCACCAACCCGACCAAGCCCGGCAGGAAGACGAACCAGCUGCAGUACAUGCAGAACGUGGUGGUGAAGACCUUGUGGAAGCACCAGUUCGCGUGGCCCUUCUACCAGCCCGUGGACGCCAUCAAGCUGUGCCUGGCGGACUACCAUAAGGUGAUCAAGAACCCCAUGGACAUGGGCACCAUCAAGAAGCGUCUGGAGAACAACUACUACUGGAGCGCCAGUGAGGCCAUGCAGGACUUCAACACCAUGUUCACCAACUGCUACAUCUACAACAAGCCGACGGACGACAUCGUGCUGAUGGCGCAAGCGCUGGAGAAGAUUUUCCUCCAGAAGGUGGCGCAGAUGCCUCAGGAGGAAGUGGCGCUGCUCCCGCCCGCCCCCAAAGGCAAGAACAAGAGCAAACAGCUUCCUGCUGCGCCCAACACGGUGAGUCAACAGGCGGAGUCUUCGGUGUCGCCCCCCGCCUCCUACCCCUCCCCCUCCCAGACGGCCGUUAUUUCCGCCGCGCCCGCGAGCGUCCAGGCCACGCCCCCCGCGCCGCAGCCGCCGGCCGCCAUGAUGCCGUCCGCGCAGCCUGUCGUCAAGAAAAAGGGCGUCAAACGGAAAGCCGACACCACCACGCCCACCACGUCGGCCAUCUCGGCGGGCCGCGCCGACUCGCCCACGGCGCAGGACAUCAAACCGGCCAAACUGGCCUCGGCCCGCCGCGAGGCCGCGGCGCGGCCCGCCAAAGCGCGGCGGGAGACGGGCGAAGACGUGGUGGCCGGCGACGCGGGGGCCGGAGGCGGCGCGGCGCCCGCCGGCGGCGGGCCGGGCGGCGUCAGGAAGGCGGGCAAGCUGGGCGAACAGAUGAAGCACUGCGACGCCAUCCUGAAGGAGAUGCUGUCCAAAAAGCACGCCGCCUACGCCUGGCCCUUCUACAAACCCGUCGACGCCGAGGCCCUGGAGCUGCACGACUACCACGACAUCAUCAAACACCCCAUGGACCUCAGCACCGUCAGGAAAAAGAUGGACAAGGGCGAGUACUGCGACCCUCAGGGCUUCGCCACGGACGUCAGGUUAAUGUUCUCCAACUGCUACAAGUACAACCCUCCUGACCACGAGGUGGUGGCCAUGGCCCGCAAGCUGCAGGACGUGUUCGAGAUGCGCUUCGCCAAGAUCCCGGACGAAGGCGUGGAGGCGUCGGUUCCGUCAACGACGCCAUUGGUUAGUAAAAGCACGGCCUCGUCCGACAGCAGCAACAACUCCUCCUCAGACGAGUCGUCUGACUCGGAGGAGGAGCGCGCCACGCGAUUGGCUGAGCUACAGGAGCAGGUUGGUGCUGCCGGCCAAUCCCAGCUGAAGGCGGUGCACGAACAGCUGGCCGUCCUGUCGCAGGCGCCCGUCAGCAAGCCCAAGAAGAAGAAGGAGAAGAAGGACAAGGACAAGAAGAAGGACAAGGCCGGCGCCAAGGCCAAGCCCGACGACGACAAGAAGCCCAAGGCCGCCGCCGCCGCCGCCGCCCAGCAGCAGCAGCAGCAACAGCAGCAGCAGCAGCCCAAGGCCGCCAAUCAGAAGAAGGCGCCGGCGCGCAAGGCCAACAGCACCGUCACCGCCACCAGGCAAGCCAAGAAGGGCGCCAAAGCGCCGGGGGGCGGCUCGGCCAACGGCGACGACGGGGCCGCCGGCGAGGAGUCGUCCUCUCUGCCCAUGUCGUACGACGAGAAACGCCAGCUGAGCCUGGACAUCAACCGGCUGCCCGGAGAGAAGCUGGGCCGCGUGGUCCACAUCAUCCAGUCCCGGGAACCUUCCCUGAGGGACUCCAACCCCGACGAGAUCGAGAUCGACUUCGAGACCCUCAAGCCGUCCACGCUCCGAGAACUCGAGCGCUACGUCAAGUCCUGCCUGCAGAAGAAGCAGAGGAAACUCAUGCAGAAGCAAGCCGGAGGCGGGGCCUCGGGCGGGGGGGCCAGUCGUCUGAGCGGCAGCUCGUCUUCCUCGUCCGACGACAGCUCCUCGACGGGAACGUCCUCGUCCUCGGACACAGACUGAACACACACACACACGCGUAUAUAAAUAUAUAAAUAUAUACCCACAAGUGUACACACACACACACACACACACUGAUGUAUGUAAAUAAGCCCAGCUGUUUUUUUUUUUGUUUGUUUUUUUUAAAAGCAUUUAGUCUUUUUUUUUUUUUUUUUGUGGAGGAAAUCAAAACCGGGGACGGAAGACGUGUUUUGACUUUUGCGUCGUGGCGGCCCAUCGGAAGAUCCAAAAAAAAAAAAUAAUCUGAAAUAUUUCGCACGUUUGGUCGACUCGGCCCGCCUGACGGAAGACGCGUUGGGGGAUCGCCGGACGUCGGACUGUUUCGCGGAGAAACGGACUCGCCGACGCUUUCGGCCAAUAAAAACCCUUAGUGACGACGUCGCCGGCCGGCCGGCCGAGCCCCGCCCCUUCCUUCAACAACACUACAAAGCUCACUUCCUUGUCGGACUCUGCGCCGCUUCCUGUCGGGGACCCCCCCCCCCCUUCCAAUUGCUCUGGUGUGGGGGGUAGUUUUUAAGCCUUUUAAAUUUUUACAUUCUUAAUCCACGGUUUGGUCAGGAGAGCCCCGACCCUCGCCAAGGGAUUCGCCGACGUCGAAAGUUCGGGGACAAAAAGAAUUCUGCGCCGACAAGUCGACUGGACGCCGGGCGGGGGCGAGUUUGUUUUUAGUUGCUCUACUAGUUGAUUUUGUAUUUUACUAAGAAAAAGGAAAAGAGUGAUUUGAUGUGUUUGCAUGCACUCCGUCGGGCCGUACGUCGAGCACUGUAUAGUAGCUUCCUGUAUAGUAGCUUCUUGUCAAGUAGCUUCCUGUGUAGUCGCCGUGCUACACGCGUGUGCUACGCGCCAACACACGAGGAGAAGCCAGAAGAAGAAGAAAAAAAAAAAAAAAGUCAUGUGGUGUAAUUACUGAUAUGGGAUCCUUAUUUUCUGACUUCCUUUCUUUUUCAUAAAUAAACACAUUAAGUGAC